UGUGGCAUAAACGUCAAAAGCUCGGAAACAUGGUUGAGGCCGCGUUUUCUGGAGAUGGAAAAUAUUAUUCUAUAAUAAGUAAUGACGGUAGAUUAAAAAUAUGGGACACAGAAACAAAUGUCCUGAAACAGGAGUAUACUCCUGAAUUCCAUUUAUCAGCUCCACCGACAUGUUUACAAUGGGUAGACAUAAGUUUAAAUUCGGGUCCUCAAAAGAAGUCGUCAAACAACAAACAAGCUUCACAAUGCGUAGCAUUGGGUACCACACAUGGAAAGAUACUCUUGUACUCAGUGGCGCAAGCAAAAGUUGAAACUGUUAUUGAAAAGGGGACAAAGAAAAUCGAGUCGUUGGACUGGCAUAGAAACCAUGGCUUAUUCAGCGUCUCUGUUGAUCAAGUUGUUACCGAAUGGGACAUUAAAACAUCAUCUGCUAAACAUACAUAUAAUUUAUUAUCUGUGGAUGCUAAAAAGGUCUCAAAAAAGCCAUCUGUUAUCAAAAUAGUACCACAUAAUCAGGGUUCAGAAGUGAAUUACAUGGUGGUAGCGUCAGUUAAAAUGAAAUUAUGGAAGUUUGAGAAAAACAAGUGUUCCAUACUAACAACGCUCGGUUCAAUGACCUCGGAUAAGAAUAUAUUAUGUAUUGCGACGUUGGGUAGUUCUACAUGGCUGUUGGAGGGAUCACAAGACGAGAGAAUCCUAGGCUUCUGGGAUAUAACGAUAAAGGGCGAACAACAAAACGGAGAAACAGACACACCCAAGAAGAAAAUAUGCAAAAUGCCGAGUACAAUACCGUUGCCAACUUAUAAUUUCGUGCUCGAAGACGCGCCUAAAUUUGUGGACAUUAAUAUGAGUAGCGAGGGGGAUGGGAAGAAAUUGGCGAUCGUGGCUGCUACGAGGAGCGGUGUUGUACAUUAUUAUGGGCAUAUGUUGAAUGGAACGGCAGUAAAACCAAUCAAACCAUCGGUCACGAUACAAAUAAGUACGGCCGAUGCACAUCCGCUACCACUUGCCUGUUGUCGACUGCCGAAUAACGGUGAUGUGCUGUUGGGUUAUAUGAACGGUCCAGCUAUGAUGUUUGAGAGAGUGACACCAGAUCCAUCAUCAAAAACGCAAGUUUUAAUACGAGGGGAGGCGGAAGCGAAAAAACAAACAAAAAGUAAUGAAGCCAUCAAAGAAAGAUCAGCCAAAAGUUCAGACGUUCAAUAUGUUGAACCUCUGGGAGGUGUUAGUAGAAAACGGCCGGAGGCUGGCGCUUCUGUAGAAGUGACGAUGGAAGCCAGGCUACAGAAUCUAGCGUUGGACUUAAAUAGUAGAAGUAAAGCGCCGGUUAGUCACAAUUUAACGAAGUUGUUGAUACAGGCCUUGCAUUCGGAUGAUAAAGGGUUAAUACUAACGGUACUACAGAAAGAUGAUAUUGCAGUAGCCUCAAGGACAGUCAGUUCGCUGCCCGCUGAAUAUGUGCCCGUAUUAUUAGAGAAAUUAGUCGAUAUGGCCACUAAGAAGACAAGCCAAUGUUCAGCAGUUUGUACAUGGGUAUCUGCGUUACUAAAGUCCCAUUCAGCAUUAUUAUUAGCGUCUAUGAAUGCGAAAGCUGCGGACCAAGUUACACAGCUAUUGGCUAUAUUUACACAUAGACGAUCAAAUCUAUGCCAGUUGUUAAAUCUAAAAGGUAGAUUGGAGCUAACGAUAGCCCAACGCAAAUCUAACUCAAACGAACCAACGGAACAAGAAGCAGUGCUAAACUAUAAAGAUGGUUCCUCCGAUGAAGAGAUGGAAGUGGACCAGCUAUCACAGUCUAGUGGUGAUGAAGCAGAAUGGGAGGACGGUGAUGAUGAUGAGUCAGCCAGUGAUCAGUUAGAUGAAUGAUAAUAAAAUAUUAUAUUUUA